AUGGCCGAAAAAAGUUCACGGGCAGUAUCAUCAGGAAGAACGGCUACUACAUUAAUGGCCUAUGCACAAUUAGAAAUUGAUAAUAGUUCCACAUGUAUACCCAGACUGUGCAAAUUCAGUAUUAUUCGUGUUGUGUUAAACAGAGCUAUCGAUGGUGGAGAUUCAAAUGCAAUUGUUGUUGCUGUUAAAAUACAAAAUAAUAAAAGAACAUUUCGCUGUUGUGAAAUAUCUCUUCAACACGAUGGAACAUUAGAUGCACCAGUUAGUCUACAAUAUUUAAUUACUUAUCCUCAUUACUUCAAACGAGAUAUUAAUAAGGUUCUCAUAUACAUUCAACGACGGAAAAAUCGCCCAAUGAUUGGUUAUAAGACAUUAGCACACGGCGAAGUUAAUCUCAAUGAAGUUAUUCAACGUCCACAAAGUUUAGAUUUGCAUUUAUAUUUAAAUACCAAUGAAAAAGUCAAACAAAAUCUACGUUCACUUAUUCAUGAUGAUAAUUCAGUUGGAAACGUGGAUGACAUACAAAAGCGUUCUAUUGGAUAUGUAUCCAUUGUAUCAUUAUCAAGUACCGUCCCAACUGAAUCAACUGAUAAUGCAGCAGCAACGUCAAAUACAACAAUGACACUUCCUAAAUUUGGAUUAUCAACGAAGCGGCACCAUCAUCAUCGUCGUGUGGGAGAUUUAGACAAAUCCUUUAAUGAGGAUGAUGAAUAUGUCGAAGAAGAAGAAUUAAAUUCUGAAUUAGAAGAUAGUGAUGUUGAAUUUAAUCUAAAAAAUAAACAACAAAAAUUUAAUACAAACGUAAUACGAAAUAAAAUAAUAAAAAUGUUUAAAAGAAAAGCAAAUCAAUCAACUAGUAAUCCAACUAGAAAUACAAUUAUAGCAACACCGAAUACAGCUAGUUGUUUAUCUCAUCAAGAUCAAAGGUUCACAUUUGAUCGGCAAUCUGAUAUUGAAGAAGAUCAAAUAUCAGAUUUAAGUGAAAGUACUAUACCCGUUGAUCAGUGGAGUAUCGAAUCUGUGCCUAAACCUGGUUUUACACCUGUUGAACAAUUACAAGUACUUAAAUUUUCCGAAGAUGAUCCUUAUACGAUAAGAAAGUCAACAAAUCCAUUUGACAGUAACGAUAGUCCAUUGGAUUCGGAAUCGUCCGAUGUUAUAAUUGAGGCUGAGCGAACAAGUAUUCAGCCUCCAAUAUCAAUAUCAACACCAGAAGAAAAAUCAUCGCGUUCCUAUACAACGUCUCCUCGUGAUAGUGUUGUUAAACAAUUAGAUGAACUCUAUACAAAUGAUCGUCUUCCAGACACUGUCAUAUGUCUUUAUACUGGAAUUAAUCAACCUAAUAUAAAUGCAACAAAAUUUAAAGAAUAUAAUCUAUCAGUUAUUUCGCUCUCAACUUUUGUUGAUGCCAAAGCUGUUUUAAAUAAUUUGAUUCAAAGAAUUCAAAAAAAUACAAGUCAAUCACAACAAAUCUCCGUUAUACGUAUUGUUUUACUUGGCAGUGACGCCUUUGUUAAUGCAUUUCUUCAAUCUUAUGUGGAAUGUCUUGCAUCAAGACCCCAUGAAUAUAUGAAUUACUUCCGUUUUUAUUUUGUUCCAUUAAUUUUCUCCUACUUGGCAAAAUAUCUUGGAAGUUUAGAUUCUCAAUACGGGUCAUUAUUCAGUAGCAUGGAAUCUUCUAGUGAAAUGAUAGAUGCCAGAGAAUUAUCGCAGAAGAUUACAAGAUAUUUAAAAACAUCUCAAAGAACACUUGCGUUACCUGUUGGUGAAGUCAUGCUGAAUCGAAAAGGGCGUUUACCGGAUGAAGAUUCAACACCAACAUUUUUACCAUUCUUUUGUUAUGUUCGUCUUGGUACACUAUCGUCAACAUCAAAUGAAAGUCAAACAUUAUCAAUUGAUGAUAAUAUUCUAUUAUCGAAAUCUUUAUCUCUAUCUUUAUCAACGAAUCCACAGCGUGAAUCAAAAGAUUCGUCGGAUGAAGAUACUCCAGCAGCAAUGUUACCAUCAUCUCCUCAAUUGAAAAUUACAAAUAUUAUAACAAAAAGUUCACAUGGAGAUGAAUCCAUUUCACCAUUUGAUAUAUCCGUUGAUUAUUGGACUAUAGUUAGCAAUAAUAAUGACAAUCAAAAAGAUAAAAAGGAUGGAAUAAGAACAAUAAAAUCAUCCUUGAAAUCGAAUAUUCGCAUAUUAACGAUAACAAGACAAGCAACAACAAAUUUAGAUGGCAAAGUUUCAUCGCCGUUAACCAUGACAUAUGUAACAAGAGAGAAAAAGCAAAAAAGUAAGUGUUUGAAAGCUUUUGUCUUUAUUUAA